AUGCAACAAUUGGGAGCACAGCUUGAGAUUGAUAAGAACGAACGGAUCGGACAGCACAAUGAGGACCUGGAGCGAUUAGAAGAACGACAACUUCUCGCUGAACACGACCUGUUGAAAGCACAAUCUCAAGAGACACAGAACGUAGCAACAGCCCUAAAGUAUAUUGAGGCGUAUUGCCUACGUACGAGAAGCAACCAAGAGCGUGUGCAUGCUGUGUCGGAGGAAGACUUGAAGAAGCUGGACCACCAAAGAUUAAUCCAACAGGAUCUUCCCAGACGACACGCGAGUGCAAUCAACGUCUUACGAGCAAGGCAAGAGAUGGACACCGCACGAAGACUAGAAGCACAAGAAGCAGAGCUGCAGCAAUUAGGCAUUGAGCACGAGAAAAAGAAGUUUGCAAAAGAAGCGGAAUAUCAAAAGGAGCUGGCAAGGCUUGAAACCGUUAUCGAAUUAAGAAGAAAGAGGCUUCUACAAAGGUGGGAUCUCAGGUUUGAAAUAUGGCGGCGAGACUGGGAAGCGCAGCACAACACGACUCUGACGGUAGAACUCGAACACGAAGACUGGCCACCUCGCAAAGCGGAUCACACGAUUUCCAUACCCGAAGCAAGUUUGCUAGCUCAGUACAUCAAGGCCGCGGCAUGA